AUGAAGUCUUCUAGAUUGUAUUCUGCCUAUGGAGUGACGACUUCGACGAUGGAGGAGCACAACCAGCUCAUCAUUGCGGCCAUGGACACCGCCAUGGACAACUACUCAUGGCGCCUGAUGCCGGCCCAGAACUCGUCCUUCUCACUCUCCAGCUACCCCAUACUGGCAACCCUGAGCGACCUGGACCAGAGCACAAUUUGCUCGCUGGCCAAGAUGGAGAGGGAGCCGCUGUCCUUCUUUGGCUGUGGCGGCGGCUUCGACGACGACGAGUCGGCGGUGAACCAGGAGAACCAGACGCUGCGGCCCUUCUUUGAUGAGUGGCCCAAGGAUAGGGACUCGUGGCCGGAGUUGCAUGACCAUGGCGCCAACAGAAAUGCCAACGCCGCCUUCUCGGCCACCAAGAUGUCCAUCUCCAUCCCGGUGACCAGCUCCGACUUCUCCGCCACCGCCGGAUCCCGCUCGCCCAACGGUGUAUACUCCCGGUGAAUGGCGUCCGCCGGCCGGCCUGAUCUGUGCUGAUUUGCCGAAGUCACGACGUACGUACUCAAAUCAUCACAGAUGAGUGAACCGAAUCGACGACCCCGAUCGAAUGCGUCUGUGAGCUGACUGCCGCCUGCCUGUUUGCUUGCUCAUUUUGUAUGGAUGCUGCCUUAUUUAUCAAUGGUCGUGCAGCACGAACAGAACACUACUUCGUUAAUUUUCUUUCCU